UCCUCUAGGGCUUCAAUUUUUCUAGCUAUGUGGUGGAAGAUGGGAUUCCUCAUUCCUGUGUCUCUGCUGCUGCUGUAGAUGACAAACUCUACUUUCUUUUAGCUCAAUCUCCCUUUCUUCCUCUAUUCUAUUGAUUCUGAGUGAUGGGUUCUUACUUAAUUUGAUUUUCUAUCAAAUUUGAGCAUAUGGGGAUGCGUGAUUAUCAGUUAAAACAAUGGAAAUCAACAGAUCUUCCCAAAUACACCUACAAACACAAUCUUUGGAAAACCCCCUUCCUCCCAGCACAAAAUUUAGUGCUACGAAUUCUACAAAGAAGACAGUUCUCCAAGGAAAUAAUAUCAUAAAGUCAGCUGUAAUGGUGAAAAUGAAAUCAAUCAACUUGGAGGACCAGAGGUACUUUUAACCUAAUAAUCUUCUCUAAUAUCUACGGAGUAUUAAUUAUGUAAAUUUAUAAGGUGGGUUUUCAUAAAGUUAUAAUUUUUAUGAGAUUCCAAGCUUAAUUUGUUUUUGAGAAAUGAAGUUUUCUGUGACUUGAUUUGUGGAUUUGAUAGAUUGAAUUCUGUUUAUUAAUCAGUUCUGUUAGCUCUAAAACUAAUAGAAUUAGCUAAUCCUAUUUCUAUAGAGAAUCUAUUUGAUUUUAUUCCUGAGGAUGCUCAUGGCAGGCUACAAAUUUUAUAUGCAUAACUUGCAACCUAUACCUAGAUAGGGCCGAGGCCGGCAAAUUGACUGUGUUGUAAUGUUCAUAGCCUAUUCGAACGGAUUUUUUGAUUUCAAUCUUAUGUUAGUCCACACAAGAUUGUAAUAUACUAGCAACUAUUUCAACUUCCAAAGAGACUUUGUUAGCUGUUAAGUCAUUUUCUCAGAAAACUCGUUCUGGUAUGAUGAAGUUAGCCAUCAGGUCUUCUUAAUUAGUCAAUGACAUGGUAAGAAGUAUCAUAUACUAGGAUAGAUGGCAACGUGGGCAAUAUGGAAUUGUUGAGGAAUGUGCUGAAUAAUAGUUUAAUUAGGAAACUACUAGAAGGUGUUGCGUUAUGCAGGGAAGUUCUUAGAGCUCAUAAGCAACCACAACUUCUUUCAGGUUUCGAGAAUGGGAUAUUUAGUAGGUAAGGGACGUGAAAGUCCAUAAACUUCUACAUAUAUGAUGAGUAAAUUGAACUUUCCAAGCAACAGACCAGCUAUUAUUUUAAUAUGUAGUUUGCAGACUUCCAUCAGAAGCAAAAGACCAGCAUUUGGGAUGGUUGACCUGAAAAAAUGAACACGGUUGAUCUGAAUAAAUGAACAAGCAAUACAUCUCACCGACUGAACUAUUCAAUCUUGCAUCUUCUGUUAUUAAUUAUAAAUUUAUUAAGGAGCUUGAAGUACGUGACUAUGAACUUAGACCACUCCAAGCAAAUUCAGAAACAGACAUAACAAGACUAGUCAAAAAUUGUAGUAUAAUCUAAGCCCCAAUCAUUUUGUCUAGUUUCAAGUGUGAUUUUUCUUCCUUGUUGAGUUUUUGUUUUGGUUUGAACUUGUACUAUUACGAUGGCUGAAAAAAAUGGCGAAGCAGCAGUAGGAAUAGAUUUAGGGACAACAUAUUCAUGUGUAGCAGUAUGGGAACAUGGCCGUGUUGAGAUUAUUACCAAUGAUCAAGGAAAUCGCACUACUCCUUCAUAUGUUGCUUUUACUGAUUCUGAACGUUUAAUUGGUGAUGCUGCUAAAAAUCAAGUUGCCAUGAAUCCUACCAACUCCAUUUUCGAUGUGAAGCGGUUAAUUGGUAGGAAAAUCAAUGAUAGCUUUGUUCAGAGUGAUAUGAAGCUAUGGCCCUUCAAAGUCAUUCCUGGCCAAGAUGAGAAACCCAUGAUUCAAGUCAAAUACAAGGGCAGGGAUGUAAAGUUUUCAGCCGAGGAAAUCUCAGCCAUGGUUCUCUCUAGGAUGGUACAAGCUGCUGAAGCUUAUAUUGGUUCAAGUGUUAAGAAUGUUGUUGUUACAGUCCCUGCUUACUUUAAUGAUUCUCAGCGCCAAGCUACUAUGGAUGCUGGAAAAAUUGCUGGCCUUAAUGUAAUGCGUAUCAUCAAUGAACCAACGGCGGCUGGACUUGCUUAUGGUCUUCAUAAGGAGGCAACCAGUAUUGGUGCGAAGAAUGUUCUUAUCUUUGAUCUUGGUGGUGGUACUUUUGAUGUUUCGUUAAUCACCAUUGAGGAUCGUAUCUUUGAAGUCAAGGCUACAGCCGGAGAUCCCCAUCUUGGAGGAGAGGAUUUCGAUAACAGCAUGAUGACUGAGCUUGUUCAAGAGUUCAAGAAAAAGCACAAGAGAGACAUUAGUGGAGACCCAAAGGCUCUUAGGAGGUUGAGAACAGCAUGUGAGAGGGCAAAGAGGGCCCUCUCAUCUACUACCCGGACAACCAUUGAAAUUGAUUCUUUGCAUCGAGGAAUCGAUUUUCAAACAUCCAUUUCUCGUGCUAGAUUUGAGGAGCUGAAUAAGGAUUUGUUUGAGAAAUGCAUGGAAACUGUUGAGAAAUGUCUGAUGGAUGCUAAGAUGUUCAAGAGCAGCAUUCACCAAAUUGUGCUCGUUGGAGGGUCCACAAGAAUUCCAAAGGUUCAGUCUCUAUUGCAGGAUUUGUUUGAUGGGAAGGAACUCUGCAAGGGCAUCAACCCUGACGAGGCUGUGGCUUAUGGUGCUGCAGUGCAAGCUGCUAUGCUCAGUGGUGUGGAUGAUGUGAAGUUGCAGGAGUUGGUGGUGGUGGAUGUGACGCCUCUUUCUCUUGGUAUUCAUACAAUUGGAGGUGUUAUGAAUGUGUUAAUCCCAAGGAACACAACCAUUCCCACCAAAAAGGAAAAGUUUUACACUACUAACGCGGACAAUCAAUCGGGUGUGAUGAUUCAGGUGUAUGAGGGUGAAAGAACUAGAACUGUUGACAAUAACUGUUUGGGUGUGUUUGUAUUAGACGGAAUUCCACCAGCACCUCGUGGUGUUCCUCAAUUAACAGUAAGCUUUGAUAUGGAUGCAGACGGCAUACUGAAUGUGUCUGCUGAGGAUAAGAGAUCAGGAAACAAAAAGAUGAUCACGAUUACAAAUAAUAAAGGGAGGUUGUCAAUGGAUGAAAUUGAGAGAUUGAUCCAAGAGGCGGAGAAAUACAAAGCAGAAGAUGAAGAACACACAAAGAAGGUGGAGGCUAUGAACUCGUUAGAGAAUCACACAUACAGCAUCAGGAACAUGAUUAAAAAACAUGGUUGGAAGCUAACAUCGAAUGUUAGGAUAAAGAUGGAGGAUGCGGUCAAGUAUGCCUUUCAGCGUUUGCGUAGCAAUGAAAUUGGCGACAUAGAAGAUAUCAAUGGCGAGAUAAGGAAGUUAAAGAAUCUAUGCACCCCUAUCAAUCCUAUAAUAAACGGGCAGGGUGGUGUUAGUGCAGAACCCAAAAUCGAGGAUGUCGAAUAAAGUUUGCAUCCCCACUUUUCCUGAUUUCGUGGUAACUUGGAACAUGGAAAAUCCAAGAUCGAGACAUCCUCGGCUUUGACUGAAGUUGCAUCUGGAAGGGAGAAACAAAAAGAUGAGGAAGAGCUUGAUGAAGAGAUGGGUUUCAGUGUUUUGAGUCAGAUGAUGAAUAUUGAUGCCUUGGUUAUACUUGGCUAUUAUAGCACUUCAAAUUUUCAGCGUUUUUGUUUGAUAGGAAAUCACGCUUGGUUAUGUUUGCUUUUUGUUCAUUGUUCAAUUGGAAACCUUUUCUACAGAA